CACAGAAUGACACAAGCUUUCACAUACCAUCCUCUGCACACACUGCAUGACGCUUGAUUUGUCAAGAGAGCAGAAAAGAUGGAUGACAUAGAUGCCAUGUUCACUGACCUACUGGGGGAGAUGGAUCUUCUCACUCAGAGCCUGGUGUCUGAAGGAGAGGCAUCAGAAAGGGAAAACAGCUCACAGAGACACAGUAACAUCUCCAUUGGCUUCACAGACCUGAAUGAGUCUCUGAAUGAACUGGAGGACCAGGACCUGGAUGCUCUUGUGGCCGACCUGAACUCAAAAUCAUCCACCCCGGCCAGUCAACCAUCCGCCAUCACUCAGGCAGCGGCACCAGCAGCCACAAAUCCCCCUCAAACAAAUAAUGCCGAAUCUCCUCGAGUUUUGCAAAUGAGAGAACCACACACCAAAGCAGACAAAAUUCAGUUGGCCCUGGAGAAGCUCAGAGAGGCCAAAGUGAGGAAGUUGAUAAUAAAGGUGCUGAUGGUUGACGGCAGCUCCAAGACGCUGAUGGUAGACGAGAGACAGACCGUCCGAGAGGUUCUGGACAACCUGUUUGAGAAGACACACUGUGACCGCAGCAUAGACUGGAGCCUGUGUGAAACCAACCCCGAGCUGCAGAUCGAGAGGGGCUUUGAGGAUCAUGAAUAUUUAGUGGAGCCGCUGUCAGCAUGGACUCGCAACACUGAAAACAAAAUCUGGUUCCUCUCAAGACCGCAGAAAUACACUUUGUUUAAAGACCCUCAGGUAUUUUACAUGUGGAAGAAGGACAGAACGCUUCUGAACAGCAUAAACAAACGAGACCAAGAGCUCUUACUCAAGGAGAGUUUUGAGGGCGCUUCCCUGAUCGUUCCUGACAUUGAGGGUUUGCUGUACCUGAAGGAGGAUGGGAAGAAGGCUUGGAAACAGCGCUAUUUUGUGCUAAGAGCCUCAGGCAUUUACUAUGUACCCAAAGGAAAGACUAAGUCGUCCAGUGACCUCGCCUGUUUUGUCCAGUUUGAAAAAGUCAACAUCUAUACCACCAGCGACUAUAAACAAAAGUACAGAGCCCCCACUGACUUCUGCUUCAUACUAAAGCAUCCCUGCAUCCAGAAAGAGUCGCAUUACAUCAAGUUUCUGUGCUGUGAUGAUGAACACACACUGUCUCUUUGGGUCAACUCCAUCAGGGUAGCCAAGUACGGGACUGUCUUGUACAAGAACUACCAGGCUGCAGUGAAGAGAGCCUCAACCCUGUCCUCUAAUCUCCACCUCUCCACUCUCCCUGCCCCCCAGCCGUCUGCACCCUCUGCUGCCCACGAAGCAACGGCAAAUGGUGACACCCCUCAGGUCAGCCAGCAGCCUGUUCCCGCUCCAUCCAGCUCCAUGCAUGAAGGCGAUGACGACCUACCCGAGCCACCACCAGACUUCAUCCCUACUCCUCCUCCAGGCCGGAAGAAACUGUGAAAAUAAUCCCCACUUUCUUCCAUCCUACCUAAAGUAUGCAGGGUUACCUUCACCCUGCAUGUAGCCUGCAGCCCCGGGCGGCACAGUUUGGGGCCAGCACGCCAUUUGUUUUGGCCCG